AUGCUCUUGGACGACACCAAACACACCACCUACAUCUAUAACCUGGAUCAUGAAUUGGCCGAACCAGACCCACCUGAUACCUUGAUCCUUCUGCCUCUUGCAGCCAGAAUGAUCUCGAUGCCAAAAUCAGUAUUAUCGUCCAACCCAGCGCAAGGCAAAGAAUUAAUUCUUUAUUCUGAACCGUCCUCCCUGACGCUUCCCAAAGACAAGGAUAGCGUGCGCAAAGCAAUCAUCGAAUCGAGAGCCCGGGCUCGCGCAUCCAAAUCCCAAUCUACCACUCACUCAGAUGCGGAUCAGAACAUUCUGCCCACCGACUUGGGUGACCCGAUGGAUAUGGAUUUGGAUCCAUAA